AUGGUGCCACAGUUUAGUACGUUGUCCGAACCAAUUAGAUCACUCGUGAAAAUUGAGGUUCCAUUUGUUUGGGGUAAAAGGCAAGAAGACUCGUUUAUGGCCAUUAAAAAGGCAACUUGUUCAGAUAUAAUGCUUGGCUAUUUUGAUAUAAAUAAACAAACUACACUGACUGUUGACGCAAGUCCGGUCGGCCUCGGUGCGAUUUUGCGACAGGGAAAUGCAUUAAUCAGCUGUGCGAGUAGAGCACUUUCCGAAACGGAAAGCCGAUACAGUCAGAUUGAACGAGAAGCCUUGACAAUCGUUUGGGGAAUGGAACAUCACCGAUUAUAUCUCGAUGGUUCACCCGAAUUCACUAUUGAAACUGAUCAUAAACCAUUAAUUAGGAUAUUUGCUCGAAAGGAAUUGCAUAAAAUGUCAAGUCGAAUAGAAAGAUGGGUGAUCAAGGCCCAAAGAUUUAGAUUUAAACUAAUCCAUUGUUCCGGAAUAAACAAUCCAAGCGAUUAUAUAUCGCGACACCCCAGUUCUCUUAACCAUCAUAGUGGAAAAAGAACGGAUGAACACGUUUCUUUCAUUCGUAAACAUACGUUGCCUUGUGCUGUAACAAUGAAAGAAAUUCAAAUUGCGAUUCAAAAUGACAAAACUUUGAUGUUUGUUAUUCAAUGUUUGCGGACCAAUUGUUGGCAUAAGGGUCAUUUGGGUACCUCUAAAACCAAGGCAUUGAUGAGAGAAAAGGUAUGGUUUUCUGCAAUGGAUUCUUCGGUUGACAAAACCAUAUCAGAUUGUUAUGCCUGUCAGUUUAACAUUGAUAUGAAAACAAAAGAACCAUUGAAACCAUCACAAUUACAUACAGUUUGGUCUCACGUUGCAACUGACAUGUAUGGCCCCUUGCCAUCUGGCCAAUAUUUAGUUUUUGUAAUGGACGAAUAUUCAAGGUUCCCGGAAAUAGAAAUAACAAACUCAACUAGCUCUAGUGCUGUGAUACCCAAACUUGAUCGUAUAUUCACUUCAUUUGGAUAUCCAUCAAAUUUGAAAAGUAACGGUCCCCCAUAUAAUUCAAAUGAAUUUCAAUUUUAUUCGAAAGAUUUAGGUUUCCAUCUCCAGAAAAUAACACCAGAAUUUGCCCGUGCGAACGGACUAGCAGAGAACUUCAUGACAAAUUUGGGAAAGAUUUUUCCAACACAAAUGAUGAAGGGAAUGAAGGUGAACAGGAGAAAGUCAUUGACUUAG